AUGACUUCAGGCGCUCUCAGACUCUACGGGCUCUUGGAUCUGAGGUCACGGUGCGGAAAUUCAUUGUGCAUAGCAGGCAUAGCUCGUCUGGUGUCCCUGGUAGCAUGGGUGUCAUUAUUUAGCACGAACCUCGUGACAAGCGAGAGUCCCUUGAACUCAGCGAUAGGCGAGGGGCAUUCCUCUGGACCAGCGAAUGAAGGGAGCUCACACACGUCACAUAUGGAAGAAAAUGCGUCGUGGGAUAUGAAUUAUGUUUUUAAGCCAUCUCCGGUAUUCUGGAAGCCACUUGCUUCUCUGCCAGCGCCCUCCUUUCCUCCAUACGACUUGGGCCACCAUGCAGAGCCUCCCCACAGACUCAUAUUCGCCUCAUGUAAUAGACAGCCUGAAGGUCUGGAUAAAAAGCAUGAUACAGAGGGGCGCCUUGUAUGGAGGCACAUGCUUCGCCGCAGGCCUCGGGCUUUUCUUUGGAUGGGAGACAAUGUAUAUGCGGACCAUAUGCAGUUACCCACUGCGAACGACUCAAGGAACUUUCUAUGGAAGCUUUCGGAGGGGAAGAAGCCAAUCCCACCCCCUGGACUUCUUGCAGCAUACAAAAGCCAACUCGAGGCCAAAGAGUACAGAGAAUUCCUUAAAGAGGUACCUAGGAUUGCAGGGACCUGGGAUGACCAUGAUAUGGGAGAAGAUAAUGCCAACAAGAUGUACUUAUUCAAAGACGAAUCAAAAGAAGCGAUGUUGAAUUUCUUGGGUGUGGACGAAGCUGCGGCUAUUCGGUCGCUGGAGUGGAGAGGCGUGUACUCUUCGCACGACACGGUUUUCGGGGAAGAUCUGCGUGUAAAAGUGAUCUUUCUUGACUUACGGUUUGAAAAGGACAGUUGGUGGCUAAUGGAUCUUGGUGACAUGUUAGGCGAGCAACAGUGGGACUGGUUAACCCAGGAACUGCAGUCGUCUUCAGCAGAUAUCAAUGUGGUUGUCUCAUCGCUGCAGACAUUCGCAAAUCACAGAGUCGUUACCGAGGCAUGGAGUCAUUUUCCGUGGGCUCGUGAGAGGCUUUUUGCGCUGCUUGCUGGGUCAGGCGCAAAAACACCGAUUAUUCUUUCAGGGGAUUCGCAUUACGCUGAAUUCGGGGCGGUGCACUGCCAGCGUUUGCGCGACGCUUGGUGCCUGAAUGAGCCAGAAGCCAGAAGCUAUUACAACAUUUUGCACAAUCGUACCACUGGUCAGCUGACUCCUCAUCAGCAACUCCGACGGCUAGCAGACUCAGAUGAUGACGAAAUGAGCCUUGGCCAAGACCACGAUCAGACUGCAAUUAGUUGCCAUCCCUCUGAUCAAUGCUGCAGCCUACCGCCGACGCAGUCCUUUCUUUUCUGGUGGGUGCCUCGUCACCUACCAUUCUUCCUGAUGGCCCUGUUCCGUGCUGCAACGAACUCAGAUGCGUUUGCUCCUAGGCAAGGCUGGAGGCGCUCACGGGCUCCCGCUUUUUCGGGUGCCUUUCCGGCACCACCAUUUGUGCCCGAUCAGCCCCACCAGAAGGAGCUGUCUGGAGAAGAUCCGUCGAAUGUUUCAGGACCUCGUCUACUGUACACCGAGCGCAACUUUGGAGAGCUACAGUUCAUCGAAAACCCUUUGCAGCUCGUUUUAUUCCCUCCCAAUGACGAUGGCACCCCUGCUGCGGUACAGCAGCAGGAGCUGAUGCAACGAAAAUGCAGGGAUAAUUCAACAUGUUCAAUCCAGCUUCUUCGUGUGAGAGAGAAGCAGGAAGCGCUUUUGGAGAUGGCCCGAAAUAUGCAGAAGGGAAGGUCGUUGGAGAGAGACCGCACGCUGACGAAGAAGCAAGCCGCUGAGUUCCGAAGUCGACUGCGCGCCUACAAGCGGCAGCGACAGCUUCUCAUCGACCAAUUGCGGGACGAACCCGUGCAUCAGCUUCCUGUGUUGGAACGUCUUGUGGCUCAGUCCAAGAGGUUUUCUGUCUACGUGGAGGCAAUGAUGGGUAGUUACGACGUCUUUUUCAUGCGAUUGCUUAAGCUUCACUCGGCAAUGCUUUUGGCCCACAUGUGUGAAGAUGAGGGCAGUGGCCAAGGAAGCCCAACUCAGAAGCCAGAUGGUCGCCAGCUAUUCGAAACUUGUAGUCUGUUGGCUCAUUGGGCUGCCACUCCACUUGAACCACGUCCGCAGUCUGUAAUUGAUAAAGGUCUUAGGUGGCUAUGGGACCUGUUUUUCGGCUUGACGGCACGCCGAAUAACCUUCUUUGAUUCUCUUCCACUAGGAGACGCUGCGACGUUGCGUCUCAGUGCUGCAACCGAUCAGUUGACUCGAUCAUCUGCUGCAGCGCGCGCCGCGGGCCUUGCACGUGCAGCAAUCGCGAAGCGGAGUUUUACCGGUAGGCUGGGUUGUAAACGCUUACUUGGACGGCGAAGCCUCUGCAGGGUAACGCAGCGGCCCCACGAAGAGCGGCUAAUUUUACGUGGCGUUUUCGCGGCAGUAAGCGAUGGCUUGUUACGACAAGCUUGCAUGCAGCUACAGAGUCCGCGACGUCAGCAGCAACGUGAAGAGUUGAAUCAACUUUUUGAAAGAGGUGUAGCUAGCCAGCCUGCAGACCCGUUUGCCUUCGGAAAGCUAGACCCAAACCUUCAUCAGAUAUGCUCCUUGGUAGACGUUCCCUCGUCUCGACGUCCAUUCAAUGAGCCAACAACGUAUCCUGUCUUGUCAGAGGCAGCUAUCACACUUGAAAGCCGGGCAGCUCGCGCCGUUGGAGGCAGUUGGGUACUCGUUGAGUUACUAGAGACGAAAUCAUGGGUGCUAACCCGGACUUUUGAAGUGGUUACUGGGCGUCUCGUAAUGGAAAAGCUUCUUUCGACGUUCGCUUCUGAACAACGCGCGCAGCGACCUGGUAUCGGCCAGUGGGCCUGUCAAGGCUGGAAGGGCCCCACAGAAAGCCGAAUGUAUUUGUACCAUAUGUACAUCCUUCUUGCCGUGUUGCUUGCUCUCGGAAGUAUAGUGUCGUGCCUCUUAUUCAUCGUUCUAUCCUUUUUGAAGCGCACUGCAGACGCGUCAUCAGGCCUGAGAUAUUUGUUCUUUCACGGAAGCACAACUUCCAAUGAAAUUCGCAAGGGUAGCUUAAAAAGCUGUCCCUCGAUUAUUCAGCGACACCGGCUUCCAAUGCCAAAGACUGCGGUAGCCAUUGGUGCCAUUGUGGCACUAGGAGCGGCUGCAGUGGCGUUUUUUCAUAAAUAA